CUUCGUGCCUUUGCUUUGGCGGGAUCAUGGAGAGAUAUACAUAAGUCGCGCUUCUGAGCUGGCGUUGUGGCUCAGCACGAAGCCGACUCCUCUACAUCUGCCAACGAUUCCCUGUUUCUUUAUCUUAUUAUACCCCUCAGGACAAUUGCCACCAUCUCCAGCACUACCUUGAGUCACAGAAAAAGGACAACAUCCUUGAGACUUUUCACUGAGAAAAACACACUCCACCACCCUGCUGGCGCAGCCACAUCACUGUCCAAGAUGGCCGCAACAGAAAGCUACCACGUCAUUGUUGUCGGCGCGGGAUGGUACGGCUUGGCCGCCGCCAAAUCAUACCUGGCAGCGCACCCCGACCACCGGGUCCUUGUGAUCGAGGCGGAGCGGACGGUGGGCGGUACCUGGUCUGAGGACCGCCUGUACCCGGGCCUCAAGUCGAACAACCUAUGGGGCUCGUACGAGUAUCCCGAUUUCCCCAUGUCUCAGGAGGUGUACGGCGUCGGGUACGGGCAGCACAUCCCCGCGGCGGUCCUCCACCGGUACCUCACAGACUUUGCCAAGAAGUUUGGCGUCUUCGAGCGCAUACAAUUCCAGACGAAAGUCACUGCCAUUGAGGCGGUGGAGGCCACCGGCGCAUGGCGGGUACACACGACGAGCGUCAAGCCGGGCAGCCAGGGCGAGACGGCAGUAUUUGACACGGAGAAGCUGAUUGUCGCAUCCGGACUGACGUCAGAGCCCAACCUCCCGCGGUACAACGGCCAGGAGACGUUCACGUCCGAGUUUUUCCACGCCAAGGACUUCUGCCGCAAGGCCGACGUGGUACAGACGGCCAAGACGGCGGUCGUCGUCGGGGGCGGCAAGUCUGCUCUGGACUGCGCGUACGCGCUGGCCGUGGAGGGCGGCGCAACGGUGCACCUCAUCAUCCGGCCCAAGGGCGACGGCCCGCUGUGGCUCGCGCCGGCGUUUGUGACGCCGCUGAAGCGCAUGAUGGAGGAGCUGCUGGCGACGCGGCUGCUGACGUGGUUCAGCCCGACUAUCUUUGGCGGCGAGGACGGGUACGGCGGCAUCCGCAACUUCCUCCACGGCACGCGGCUGGGCAACUGGCUCGUCAAGGGCUUCUGGGGCGUGCUCAAGGCCGACGUGCUCGGUGCGCAUGGCUACGCCAAGCACGUCGAGGUCGGCAAGCUCACGCCCUGGCAGAGCCCGAUGUGGACGGGCUCGGGCGUGGGCAUCCACAACUACGACUCGAACUUUUUCGACCUCGUCCGCGAGGGCAAAGUGCUCAUCCACGUCGCCGACAUUGAGCGCCUGAGCGGCAAGAGCGUCUACAUAUCCACGCGGGGACCCAAGGAGCCCAUCGAGGACGUUGACGUCGUCAUCUGCGCGACGGGGUGGAAGAAGGACGCGGCCGUGGCGAUCCGCAAUUUUGACGUCGGGCUCGCCGCACAGGACGCCGAGCGGGAGAAGCUCAUAGCCGAGGCGGACGCCGCGGUCCUCAGGGAAUUCCCCAUGCUCAAGGACCAGCCAAAGCUCACCUACUCGCGCAACUCGGCACCAGCAGAGCCCACUCCCAACAACAACAACACCAACACCAACACCAAGGGCGCGGGGGCCAAGUCGGAGCCCCUGCGCAACUACCGCUACAUUGUGCCGACCCAGGGCUUCUUCGGGCGCAGCUUCGCGUACGCGGGCAUGGUCUCGACCGUCACCACCUCCAUCUUCGCGUCCGUCCAGGCGCUCUGGAUCACGGCCUACUUUGACGGCAAGCUCUCCCGGUGCCCCGCCACCGAGGACGAGGUUGUGCGCGAGGUCCUCCUGCACACCCAGUGGAACAAGUGGCGCUACCCGUGCGGCUACGGCUCCAGCCUGCCCGACUUUGCGUUCGACUCGAUCCCCUAUGUCGACCUGCUGGUGCGGGACCUGGGGCUGGACAACCACCGCGGCAAGUCGACAGUCGCGGACGUGUUCAAGCCGUACAAGCCAAAGGAUUAUGCGGGCUUGGACCAGGAGUGGCUAGCUUCGCAGCAGGGUAGGAAGGCACAGGCACAGGUGAAUGGCAAGGUGUAGAUGAUAUGAUCUGGGCGACUUCUUGUUGGAGAGACUGGCGUUGAUAUCGGGGGACGAUGGGCUAUAUCCGUGGUUGACGGGUCUUGUGAUGGGCAGAAAUGUGGUUUCAAUCACGGGGACGGUACGAUUGCGCGGCGGUUGUCCCGGAAAACCAACUGUUUCAAAGUAUAGGGGAUGGAGAUUGUCUUCCUCUUUGAGCUACACAGCAUGUGUAGGCACCGUCAAGCAAUGCACAGUGAGAGCUAAGCCAAAUCCUUCGGUCUUCGCCUAGAUUCAGCGUAGACCAUGCCUGAGC